UUAGCUCUGAACAUCCUUUCAGAUCAAUAUGUGAAGUUUGCACUGCUAGGUUUUUGAGUUCAAGGGCAGCGGGCGGAGUUUUCAUCAACUACUUCUACAUGUUCAAGAAUUCUUUUCAGUUUAUGUCAUCGUUUCGUGAUCAAUCAAUCAACGUUCAAUCAUUAAAUGUGGCCGAAGUUUUGACGAACUGAAUAAGUUAUAACAUUCUCGAUUUAUGUAAAAUUGUAACCAUCUUAAAUAGAGAACCGUAAAUUGCGCAGUAAUUCACUUGUUGCACGUCUAUUUAAAUCAGCAUUACUUGGAUUCAAAGCAGUAUAGCAUACAAGUCCAAAGGUAAUUCAAAUUCAUAUAAAAGAUGAUAAAGAUUAGUUAGUAACAACAUUUAUCUGUGACGUUGGACUGGAACUAUUAAAUUUUAUUUACUCGAAUAGAACAUCGCUGUCCAAUCAGUUGCUUACCAGUUCCUUGCCACGUUGCCAUUUCUGUGGUUGGCUAAAUAUGGAACCAAUUUAAAACCUUCUUGAAGAAACACCUACUUAGAACUAUUUGGUUUGAGAACUGGAAAUGCGAUCGCAUUAAAUCCGUAGCAGGAUUUGCGGAUGAAAACUUGAUGCUAAUUAAGGGAAACAAACAUCUCGAGCAAGCAACAGGUUCGAAUUCGAAUCAGCAGAUCUCGCCAUUGAAAGGGCAACUGUUUUAGUUAUACAAGCGACUCAACGUUGGCAAUUUCCAAACUGGACUUAAGUUUUUGACCUUCACCUUUUUGUGAGCAUCUGUUAUGAUCAGUUUUGCAACUUGAUUGCCGCAAAAGAGCCUGAAGUUAAACUCGGCACACAGGGAUUAGAUUUCAGCUUAAGUUGAAUAGUUAGUUACUAUAGUGUUCCUGCAUCUACAAAAAUGGAAGCAUGGGCAGCCAAGUUAAUCUGCCUCGUGUCGCUUCUCACCGACUGUUUAAUCUUCGGAUUCAUCCCGAGAAUAAUCAUCCCACCCCCUAGACGUCCUGGUCAGUCUUAUCGCGACUAUGUGCGCGACUCACGCAAGUGGUACCACGUGUCCAAGAAGUACAGACGCAUGUUCGUUUCUCUGGUGGGCACUUUUGGAGGAGGGGUGUUCCUGGCCACGUGUCUGCUUGACCUGCUCGUGGAUGUCACUGAGGACUUCGAAGAGUUCUUCAAGCAGGCAGACCUGGACAUUGACUUUCCCUUCGCCGAAUUCACUGCUUGCGUCGGUUUCUUCUUCAUUCUUUUCAUCGAACAGAUGGUGCUAUAUAUUAAAGAGCUGUCCCGACCUAGGGCAGAGUCUCUGGACAGUAUGAGCCGGACCUCUUCUAUCAAUCAGACUGGCAGUCAAGGGGACCUCAUGGACAUAGAUAGACUGAGUUCAAGUGGCAGUAGCAGGCGUGGAUCCACUUUGGGCUCAAUGCGAGGUAUAAAAACGAGAGUAGAUUAUGUCAAUAGGGAGGUUGACAUCACAAAUACGAUGGGCGAAGAGGCCGCGGACUCCAUGGAACCAUCUAAACUCAGAGCAGCCAUCUUACUUCUAGCUCUAUCUAUCCACUCAGUGUUCGAAGGUUUAGCUGUCGGUCUAGAACCCUCGACAAGCCAAGUGUUUCAACUAUUCAGUGCUCUCAUUGUGCACAAGUCUGUUCUUGCAUUCAGUUUGGGAAUGAGUGUGGUUCAAAGUGAUAUGACAAUGAAGGAAACCUUUUUCUCGGUUCUCGGAUUCGCCUCGGCGUCGCCAGUCGGAAUCGCGAUUGGAAUCUUAGUGGCACAACAACAGGGCUUGUUCAGUCUGGGUCUUAGUACAGUGCUGCAGGGCCUGGCGACUGGAACCUUUCUCUACAUCACAUUCUUCGAAGUUCUGCCUCUGGAGUUCAACUGCAGUAGAUGGAGAAUGCAAAAGGUGGCUUCUCUGAUACUGGGAUUCGGAGUGAUGUGUUUCAUGAUAAUUUAUACUCACGACUAAUGCCACUCAAAGAGGCAGUGUUAAUUCAGUUCUCAACUCAAUUAAACUAUGUUCAGUUGAUCAACAAUAUUUAUUUCAAUUUUACACUUCCUAGAUUCA